AUGGCGUUCAGUACCGAGCGUGAACCCCACCAAUGCACGUACUGCGGAAAAUUGGGGCACACGGCGGAGCGGUGCUGGACCAAGCAGAAGGACGAAAAUCAAGGUGGAGCUCGACGCGGCGGCAACAAUGCUCGUGGACGCGGAGCCAACAAUGUUCAGUGGCGAACCAACAGCAACUACGACGACAACUACGAUCGAGUUGCGUUCGCGGUUUCGCUGGAGGCUGGACUUUCGACGGGCAAGAAUAUGCCAGGGAUGUGGGCAGUCGACAGCGGUGCGACGCAUCACAUCUGCAACGACAAGGCCAAGUUUGCAAGUCUGAAUGAGCGAGAGGAAGGCGAACUAUCAGUGGCUGAUGGCAGCAAGGCUGCGAUCAAGGGUGUGGGAACCAUCAUGGAACGGGUGGUUCUGCCCAAUGGUGACGAACGCGACAUCGAGAUCAAGGACGCACUGUUCGUACCAAGUAUGAGCAAGAAUCUGCUUUCGGUGCCACAGAUCAACAAGGGUGGCAGGUUCCAAGUCGUGUUCGAUGGAUCCAAGAUGCAAGUGAAGCGCAAGAAUUCCACACAAGUCGUGGCAACAGCGGAUCUCGUCGAUGGACUUUACUGGCUGCGGACUCCUCAACGAUCGGCAAAUGCAGCAACACGCAAUGGGACUAUCGACUUGCAUGCGCGCAUGGGUCAUGCACCCCUCGAAGUUCUGCGCAAGAUGGUGGCCACUGGCAUGAUCAAGGACACCAAGGCACCUCUCAACUCGACUAGUCCAAGUGUGUGUCGCGGUUGCCAGCAAGGAAAGAUGGUCCAAAAACCAUUCCCAACCAACCGUGACAAACGCCAAUAUGGUGUGUUCGAGUUGCUGCACUUCGACAUCUGCGGGCCAAUGGAACAAGUCUCGAUCGGCGGCAGCAAAUACUUACUGCUUGUGGUUGACGAAGCUAGCGGUUGCAUGAAGGGCUUCUGUCUGCGGUCCAAGUCUGAGAGUGAAGACUGUAUCAAGAACCACAUUAUCAAGAUUCAAACUCAGUUCGGCACGAAGAUCAAGUUUGUUCGGCACGAUGGAGCGCAUGAGUUUGCGACCAACUCCAUCAAGACCUUCUACGAAGAUCAUGGUAUCGAACAACAGAUCACGGUGCCGUAUGCACACCAGACCAACGGCACCGCAGAACGCGCGAUAAGGACCAUCGUCACGAUCGGACGCAGCUUGUUGCAUCAUGCAAAACUGGAGAAGUGUUUCUGGGCUGAAGCGGCAAUGACGGCGAUCUACAUCAAGAACCGCCUGCCUUCACCCAAGAUCGACCACAAGACUCCGUUCGAAAUCGUGUACAAGUCGAAACCAAGUGUCAAGCACAUGCGCAUGUUUGGAUGUCGGGCGUUUAUCCUGACACCAAGGGAGAAGCGAUUGAAGUGGGACCCGAAGGCUCGUGAAGGGAUGUUCAUGGGCUACGAAGAAGCGUCAAAAGCUUAUCGAGUGUACGACAUUGAGGCGGACCAAGUGGUGAUCAGUCGUGACAUCACCUUCGACGAAUCGACUUUUGAUUUUUCUAUAGACCGACCAAGUGACGAUGAUGAAGAUGCGGAGUUGGACCUCGACCUCCUAGCGAUCAACGAGGACGACCUCGCCCCCCGAACUGGGUUGGAACAAGCAAGUGCGCCGGCACACGUCUCCAACCGUCACCAGAAACGACGAUCAAGUGCUCCAGAAACGAUGUCUGAUGACGAAGAAGAUGCAAGCGUCUACGAUCAAGAUGACGACUCGACGCCUCCAACAAAUUGGCGUGCAAGUGCAAACGCAGUGGAAGCAACGGACCUAGCAGAACCUGUGACUUUUCAAGACGCGAUCAAUGGUCCUGAUCAAGCUCACUGGCGAAAUGCUGUGAAGGCGGAACUCAAGUCGAUGCAUCUUCGUGGAGUUUUCCGUGCGGCAAAACUACCAAGAGGCCAAGGCGCGAUCGGCACCAAGUGGGUGUUCAAGAUCAAGCGCAAAGCGGAUGGAUCGGUCGAGAAAUACAAGGCGCGUCUCGUUGCCAAGGGCUUCAAGCAGAAGUACGGCAUCGACUACACAGAGACGUUCUCGCCCGUGGUCAAGUACGUGACACUGCGUAUGGUGAUCGCGAUCACCAAGUAUUUCGACUGGCCACUGGACCAACUCGAUGUGGUGACAGCCUUUCUCUACGGAGUGAUGAAGGAGAAGGUGUACUGCGUGAUACCAGAAGGCGUCGAGAUGGAUGGCGACUUCGACUGUCUCGAGUUGGUGAAGGCGAUCUACGGUCUCAAGCAAGCUUCACGUGUGUGGAACGAGACUUUCGACGAGUUUGUAUGCUCUAUCGGUUUCGAAGCGUCGGCGUUCGACCCAUGUCUCUACAUCAAGGUUGUCGACGGUCACUGUGUGUUCGUGCUGGUCUACGUGGAUGACGUGUUGGUCACCGGCAGCUCGCUCGAGUUGAUUGCGCAGACGAAGGCCGACCUCAAGACGCGUUUCGAGAUGACCGACAGUGGCAAGUGUACUUUUGUACUGGGCAUCGAACUGGUGGACGAAUCGGAUGGCAUCGUGACGAUGUGCCAGCGACGGUAUGUCAACGACAUCCUCAAGCGCUUCGGCAUGGAUGAGUGCAAGGCCACAGCAAGUCCGGUCGACUUGAGCACUCGGCUUGUCGCAAACACCGAAGCGGCCAAGAUCGACGUUCCGUUUCGUGAAGCUGUGGGAGCUUUGAUGCACUUGACGACUGCGACGCGCCCGGACAUUGCGUAUGCUGUGGGGCGCAUCUUUCGUUACUUGCAAGGGACCAAGUCGCACGGACUCCGCUUCCAGCCAAGCGACAAGAUCGACUUUCGCGGAUAUUCUGAUGCGAACUGGGCCGGCGACCAUGCUGAUCGCAAGUCAACUUCGGGUUACACUUUCAUGCUGAUGGGUGCUCCUGUGAGUUGGGGAAGCAAGAAGCAGUCAAGCGUGUCACUGUCGACAAGUGAAGCGGAAUACAUCGCGCUAAGUCUGGCCAUACAGGAAGGCAAGUGGGUGCAUCUCCUGCUAUGCGAGAUUUUGGCGGCCGCAAACGAACCAGGACCGGACCUCGUCAUCCGUGAAGACAACCAGUCGUGUAUCAAGAUGACGAAGAAUCCGGUGAACCAUGGUCGAUCCAAGCAUAUCGACAACAAGAACCAUCACAUCCGUGAUGAGGUCAGGCGCGGCGAAGUGCAGCUCGAGUAUUGCGAGACUUCCGUGAUGAUGGCGGACAUCAUGACCAAGGGACUUUCGGGACCUCGUCACAAGGACUUGACGACGGCUCUCGGCAUUCGUGCGAGUUCGGAUUGA